AUGUUGGCUAGGAAAAGCAUCAUUCCGGAGGAGUUCGGCCUGCCGGGACUUGCGCCCCGGUUUGCGCGCAAACCGGUGUUCAGGGACCGGGUGAACAAAGCGCGCUUCAUCGCCAAAAACGGCUCCUGCAACUUGGCGCACAAGAAUAUUCGUGAGCAGGGCAGAUUCUUGCAGGACGUCUUCACCACUUUGGUGGACCUUAAAUGGCGUUUUACCCUGGUUAUCUUCACCACGACGUUUGUCAGUAGCUGGCUGCUGUUUGCCAUGAGCUGGUGGCUGGUGGCCUUUGCGCAUGGAGAUCUGGACCCGGUCCGGCAGAAUGGAUCGGAACACUGCGUCACUAAUGUAAAGUCAUUCACCUCUGCGUUCCUGUUCUCCAUUGAGGUUCAGGUGACCAUUGGCUUCGGAGGGCGUAUGAUCACAGAACACUGUGCAACUGCAAUCACUGUCCUCAUACUGCAGAAUAUAGUGGGACUCAUAAUCAACGCAGUCAUGCUGGGUUGUAUCUUUAUGAAGACAGCCCAGUCUAAUCGCCGCGCAGAGACGCUGAUCUUCAGCCGUCAUGCAGUGAUUGCUGUCAGAAACAACCGUCUGUGUUUCAUGAUCCGUAUCGGAGACCUCAGGAAGAGCAUGAUCAUAGGAGCAGUGGUCAGACUACAGGUGGUGAGGAAGACAACCACACCGGAGGGAGAGGUGAUUCCUAUCCAUCAGAUCGAUGUGCAGACAGAAAGCGCUGUGGCCAGCAACAACCUGUUCCUUCUAGCCCCACUCAUUAUCUGCCAUGUCAUUGACAAAAACAGCCCCCUGUAUGAUCUGUCAGCCAUGGAGCUGCAGUGCAGUGACUUGGAGGUGAUUGUGAUCUUGGAGGGGGUGGUGGAGACAACGGGUAUCACCACGCAGGCCCGGACCUCCUAUGUCUCUGAAGAAAUCCAGUGGGGUCACCGCUUUGUUCCCAUAGUAACAGAGGAGGAGGGUGUGUACUCUGUGGACUACUCCAAGUUCGGCAACACAGUCAAGGUUGCAACACCGCGCUGCAGUGCCAGAGAACUCGAUGAGAAACCUUCAAUCUUAAUCCAGACCCUUCAAAAGAGUGAAUUGUCGCACCAGAACUCACUUCGGAAGCGCAACUCCAUGCGGCGCAACAACUCCAUGCGCAAAGGAGGGGCAGGGGGCAGCGGGGGGUUGCGGAGGAAUAACUCUGCACUUGCCAUUCCCAAAGUUCAGUUCCUCACACCCUCCGAGGGAGGCCAGAAUCUCAAUGCCGUCACCUGACAUGAGGCCUGGAUCCUUCUGGCUGCCCUGAUCUUCCUAGUGGAUAGGACGAUUGUGGGUGUUAGCCUAUCACCUGCCCUGCUGGCUCAGUUGGGACUAAUUCUUUUUCUAUUCCCUGCUUUGUCUCAACUU